CUCUCUCUCUCUCUCUCUCAAACGAAUAAUUAGAAAAAAAAAAAAAAUUCCUCGGGCUUUUAUAUUUCUAAACCCUAAUCGAACCUUUCCCUUCCAACGCGUGCGCACUCUCUCUCUCUUCUACAUGAGAAUUUCGCGCAAGGGAAUUGUUUUGAUAGUAAUUGAUGAAGUGGUGCGUAGGAUUGGUGGAUGAUUUGUAUUAUUAAUCUGUAAAAACUUUUCGGGUUGAAGAUUAGGGCAUUCUUUGGUUGGAUUGGGGGGGGGGGACGAGAUAAAUUAUCCCCCUUAUUCUGUGAAAAAUGUGACAAAAAUUGGUCCCGCGCAAUAUGGAUUCUUCUGGAAAAUCUAAGCAAAUCAUGAAAUUCGCCGUCCCGCAAUAAUCUGCGAUGUACUUCAUAAUUCGUGCUUAUAAUGAUGUAAAGAUCAAGCACGAAAUACCCUUUUCUUGGUUAUUGUCAAAUGGCCGGAUUGCCUAAGGAUACUAAAAGUUACUCUGCAUACCCUAAGGAUUUUGCGAAACCUAAAUCCGUGUGUUCAAUCCCUGUCAUCAAGCUUGUCUCAAGACUGUUUCGGUCUUUAUGUUCUUAAAAAGGGAAAUGAUGGGAUUAGCUCGGACAGUUGUGAGGUGUCGUAAAAUUAAGCGCUGUCCCGUUUACUUAAUUCCCCUUCACUUUGUUUCACAGAUCUUUGGAUCAUACGUCACAACACUCUCACCUCGUUCUCUUUCUCUGGAGAAAGUGCAACAGCGUUUCAAAGCAACAUCCUUGUGCGAGCAUUCGAAGAAAAAGUACCAAGAAAUUCAAUUUUAUCUUAGGCCAGAAGAAGAAACAUAUGCUCGGAGAAUCAGGAGAGUUAUUUUGAAAGCUAAUAGUCGGACAGUUGAGGAUGUUAUUCAGUCUCUUCAGUGCGAUGAAAUGUUAUCUGGAUUUCAACUUACAUCUCCAGUUGUUGAUAGUUUACUUCAGAAAUUCGGAGAUGAUUGGAAAUCCGCUUUUAGUUUAUUUGAAUGGGCUAGUUUGCAGAUUAGUUACAAGCAUACUACGUAUGCAUGUAAUAAGAUGGUGGACUUGCUUGGGAAGAUGAGAAAAUGGGAAAGGAUGUGGGAUUUAGUAGAAGAUAUGCGUGAAGGAUGUUCUGUGACUCUUGAUACUAUUGCCAAGAUGAUGAGAAGACUUGCAGGUGGAGGGAAAUGGAAGGAUGCUAUUGUUGUUUUUGAUGAGUUAGAGUCUUUUGGGUUUGUAAGAGACACGGAAACUAUGAAUAUUUUGCUUGAUACUCUUUGCAAAGAGAAGAAAGUCGAGGUUGCCCGUGAAGCAUUUGUCGUGCUCAAGUCUCACAUCCAUCCCGAUGCUUACACGUUUAACAUUUUUGUCCAUGGUUGGUGUAACGCCCGAAGGGUUGAUGAGGCGAUGUGGACAAUUCAAGAGAUGAAAUUGUGGAGACUUAAACCUUCAAUAAUUACAUACUCGACUAUUCUCCAAGCUUAUUGUAACCAAACCAAUUUUCAGAAGGUUUAUGAGCUCCUUGAUCUAAUGGUUUCUGAAGGUUGCCCUCCAAAUGUUGUCACCUACACCACAAUUAUGAACUCACUUGCGAAGUUGGGAAAUUUUGAUGAAGCCUUGGGUAUGGUAGAUAGAAUGAAGUCCUCUGGUUGUAAGCCUGAUACACUAUUUUAUAACUCUUUGAUUAACAUCUUAGGGAGAGGAGGUCAAGUACAUGAAGCUUCGAAGGUCUUUGAGGUAGAGAUGGAGAUGAAUGGGAUUGGUCGUAGUGUGUCAACCUACAAUACAAUGAUAUCUAUUUUUUGCCACGAUGGUCAAGAGCAAAGAGCUUUUACUGUGUUGACUGACAUGGAAAAAGCAUCUUGCAAGCCCGAUCUUCAGACUUAUAGGCCACUUCUCAGGCUAUGUCUCAGUAAAAGAGAGCUAUACGACCACAUCGAGAGGUUGUUGAAUGACAUUAUGGAUAAGCAUAAUCUAAGUCUAGAUCUUGACACAUAUACACUUUUGAUCCAUGGUCUUUGUAGAGUAGGUGACACUGAAUGGGCUUGCCUCCUGUUUGAUGACAUGUUAGGUCGAGAAAUACUGCCAAGAUAUGAAACUUGUAAGCUCCUUAUGGAUGAAGCUAGAAGGAGAAACAUGGAGGCAAAUGUAGAGAGGAUUCAAACAGUGAUGGAUCAACUCGGCAGUGUACCUUAAUAUAGGUUUGAGAUGAUUCACAUUUGUGUUCAUGUGAGGUCGAGUUGCGAUAUCACGUACUGGAGUUCAUGCAAGGUCUACUAGAUAUCAUUUGCUCUUCCUUUUAGAGCAACAAUACCUGUUGAUUGCUUUGUAUCUUUUAUUUUAUUUGUUCAAAUGUAAAUUAGUUUACCUAGCAAAUCUAUUGCCAAAGAAUAUGAAGCAAUUUAUAAUUAAGAUCCUGUAAUAGCAUAUAACUACAGAUCAAUGUUAAUGCUGUCAGUAGAAAGCUACUUUCCAUAAUGUGCUCUUUGUGUCUGGUUAUAGGAUGCUUUGUUGUUAGCAUCUAGUGAUGUUUCUGUUUCCCCUCUAUCUCUUAGUAUAUUCAGCUUAUACUUUCUUGAUCCUUUGAUUCCC